GAACAAUAUCGUGUUUCAUAAUAUAAUAAGUAUCAUUGAAUAGUGUUUAUUUUAUUUUUUUUUAAACCAGAUAAAAACAGUUUCUAGGAAGUCUCAUAUGAUCUAUGAAAUUGCUUAGCUAUUAGUAUUGUAAUGGUAGUAAAAUCGGUGUCUCUGGUGGAAUUAAAAAAACAGCAAUGGGCAAAAGAAAAAGGUAGGUCAAAUAUUUAUUCAUUUUUUUCAUUCACAUAUACCUACACAAUAUUCAUGUUCAAUAUGAUUUGUUUAUUUUAUUUUAAAUGACUGAGUUUUAGAAGAACUUGUAAAAUUAAACGGGUAUUGGAGGAAUCAAAAAACACCAAUUGUCUUCAACGAUCAAAGGUAUGUAUCACUGUAAAUAAUACAAAUAUUUUACCUAGGUACCUACCUACAUGAAUAUUGAUUUCAUCAAAUGUAUUCAUUAUAGGGAACAUGUUAUUUGCCCUGAAAUACGAUCACACGACAUCGAUCGUUUUGGUGCACACAAAGAUACUCAAUCACAAAAGAAUUUAAGUUUUCCUCCAAUUUCUCACGACAAUCAAAAACAGAAUUUUCAUAAUGUAAGAAAUGGAAUUUUACAAAUAUUAAGUUUAAUUUAGUUGAUGAAGUUUAGUAUUAAUUAUUAGUGUGCAUAGUUUUUAUUAUUCCAUAAUUUUUACCUAUAUAACACACUAAUAUUAUUAAAUAGAAUAUUUAUAUCAAUAAAAUGGAGAAAGAUCUAAACAUUGAUAUUCAAAAUGGAGCAACGGAAGAUUUUAAACCAAAAAGCACUCACACAAUGUAUGUUUUAUAUCUUUUUACAUAAAUAAAAAUAUAUACCUAUUUAUAUGUAAUAAGAAAUUAAUAAAAAUGUUUACGCAAACCUAUUAGCUUAAAUCGGACUUAUACAAUAUCAAAAGAAAAUAAUGUCAACGAAGGAAGCAAAUCAGAGAGACAAAAAUGGGAUAAACAUUAUAAUAAUAUUGGUAUACAUUCUCCAGACAUAAAUUUAAAUGAAAGAAAAUGCUUAAUUAAUGAGUCUAACAAUGAUACACCAACGUGGGCUGAAUAUUCACCUGAAAAACCGUAAGUACCUGCUAAUAUAAUAUUAUGGAUAAAUUAAAAUAUAUUAGGUACCAAGUAGAUACAAGAAAAACAUCCAAUUAAAUCAAAUCAUUCUGGUCACUUAUUUAUAUACAGUAGGUACCUAAAUAAAUGUGAAACAUAUUUUAUAAACUCACCUGUUUUAUAUCAUAAAUAUACAUAUGUAUAAUAAUAGAAAAAAAUAAUACAUUUUUGAAUAACUAAUAUAUUAUAUUCCAAAUAGUUAUAUUGUUAUGGAAAUGGGAAAAUCACAAUUUGAAGAUGCGCGUCAAACUGCUGCAGCUGAUUUCAAAGGUAGCUGCGAAACGUUAUGUUCGUUAGAUUCAAAUAAUAUUAAUAACAGGUAAAAAUUAAUAAUGUAUUUAGUAUUUACCUAUAUCUAUUAGCACUAUUCAAAAAUAAAUAGUUACUUAUUUAUUAUUAUUGAUUUUUAAAAAUCAAAAAAGUAAUAGGUACUUACCUAACCUAACCUAACCUAUAAUACCUACCUACUAGUAGGUAUUAACUAGUUAGGUAUUAACUUUUACUAUUAACUAAUUAAUAAUAAUGUUAUAAUAAGUAGAAAAAAAAUUGCCAAGUCAGUAGCUAGAAUAAUAAUUAAGUAAAUAAUAUAAAAUUAAAAUUCUAUAUUUGAUCUUCUAUACUUUUUGUGUAGGACUUACUUAUUAGGGCAAAAUAUCCCAUUGACUACAGAUGAAUUAGCUGCUAGAGAAGUAAAAAGACAAAAAGCAAUAGAACUUCAAGAAGCCAUAAAACAACAGGUAGGUUAGAUAAUUGGUAGAUUUUUAAUUUAUUAUAAGUUUUUAUUUAUUAUUUAUUAUCCAUGUGUUCAGUUAAAAGAAAGACAAUUAAAAAAAAAAGAAGAGCUUGAAAAGAAAAAACGUGAUGAUUUAGCUGAAGAACGGCGAAUACAAAAGCAACAAGAAAUUGAAAGAAAGAGAUUGGAAGACGAAUUAAAACGGCAAAGAGAAAAAGAAGUAAUUAUCAAUCUUUGAUUAACAUUUAAAACAAAGUAUUAUAAUUUGAUUAAUAAACAUAUUAUUAUAUUUCAAUUGUAAAUAGUUAAAUGAUGAACGGAAAGCCAAAGCCAUGCAAGAAGUUUUGGAGAAUGCUCAAAAACAAGCAAAAGAAGAUAAAUCUAAAAAUAUGCAUAAAAAACGAAACAAUCCAGACGAAAUCAAAGAACAAAUUCCAGAACCUGUUGUAGUUAGCAAUAACUGUGAACAAAAAACUUUGGAAGAACCCACGCCAAAACAAGAUGCACAGGAACCAGUAUCAGAGCCAAAAGAGAAUUCUAAAUUACCGGAAAUCGAUGAGAUACUUCAAACAUCACCUUCUCCGUUAAACCGGCAGAAAUUGUUGACACCCAGCAAAUUUCGAAAUCAGACUACUAGUGUCGCAAUCCAAACAGAAAUUUUAAAGUAAAAUUUAAAAAAAAAAAACGCUCUUUAAAUUAAGUUUUGUUUAUAAAAUUAUAUUUGUUUCAGGAAACCUAAAACUGCUGGAAUUGUUUGCCAAAAAUCUAUAGAUUUAGACAAAAGACCAAAGUGGGGUGUUAACAGACCAGAAGUACAGUAUAUCAAACAAAGUGCCAAAGAUCCAAAUUAUCAAUUAAAAUUAAGACAGAGGUCACCUUGGAGUAGACGGACAAGUCAUGUAAAUUCAGCGAAAAGUCAACUUGACACAAAUGGACGAGUCAGGUAAAUAAUACUCAUAAUUACCUAGUUGAAAAUCCAUAUAACGUUGUUAACAUAAUUUUAUUUUUAUCUAUAGCUAUGCAUUGCCAGAAAAUUAUUCGAAAAAAAUGUCCACAUAUAGCCGUCCAAACUUUGCAGGUGUGGUUUAUAGAAAAUAGAAUUUAUGAUUAGAUAUUAUGUUGCAAUAAUCAUAAGUAAUUAUUGUAUUUUAGAAAUGAAAAACAGUAAAGGUGUUCCAAAUAAAACUCCAUUAGAUAGUAUAUCAGUUAGUGAUGUAUUAUAUCAAUUAUCUUCAUUGCGAAAAGUCAGUACCUAUUAAUCAACCAAAAUUAAUAAGUCUAUACCUAUUCAUAAUGUAUUUUGUUAACAAAUAUUUAAACUUAAAUAUAGAUUGGUACCUAUAAACUAUAAUACAUUUUUGGAAAGGUAUACAAUUAUUACAAAUUAAACUCUUUAAUUUGUUUAGAAUUAGGUACCUACCUAUAACCUAUCUAUAAAAUAAUUAUAUCUAUUUAAUUUUUGUUAUAACAGGUAUUAGAAACCAAACGAAAACAUUGGAAAAGUGUUAUUGCUGAUGAGUCACCAUCUUCAGAUUCUUCUUGAUUUCCUACUUAUAAUAACAUACCUAAUAUUAUUUUAGGUUGUAAAAACUAUCAUUGAUGUAGUAUAAGGCAACUAAAACAAAAUUUAUUUUAUAAUACAUUAUUAAAAUUUACAACAGAUUCAACUCAAAC